AUGUCUGAGGGAAGAGGCAGUGCAUCUAUGAACAUAGUCACUAUGAUGAUCUCACUAUUGUGCCUUUUGUUUCUAGCUGAAAAUAUUAAUGCAGAAACUCACAUUGUUGGUGGAGCUAAGGGAUGGACCUUCAACACUAAGAAUUGGCCUAAUGGAAAAGAAUUUAGUGCGGGUGAUGUACUCGUUUUCAACUAUAAUUCAAAGAUACACAAUGUGGUUGCCGUGGACAAAGUUGGAUACACCAGCUGCAAAACGCCGGCGGCUGCCGGUUAUGAAACGUUCAAUUCAGGGAGUGAUCAGAUCAAGCUAGAAAGUGGAGAGAAUUACUUCAUAUGCAACUUUCCUGGUCACUGCCAAACUGGGAUGAAGAUUUUCAUCAAUGCAGCCUAG